AUGGGAAUUUCAAGAGAUAGUAGACAUAAGAGAAGACUGACAGGAGGUCGUAUGCCAAUUCACAAAAAGAAGAGAGCAUUCGAAAAAGGAAGACAGGCUGCAAUGACAAAAUUGAUUUCUGGAGAAAAAAGAGUCAGAAGAAUUAGAGUUAGAGGAGGAAAUUUCAAAUUCAGAGCACUUAGAUUGUCUGAAGGCAACUUCUCUUGGGGUAGCCAAGGUGUAGCAAAAAAAGCAAAAAUUGUUGAGGUUGUUUAUCAUCCUUCCAAUAAUGAAUUGGUUAGAACAAAAACAUUAACAAGAGGAGUAAUUGUUUAAGUUGAUGCUACUCCAUUCAAAUUAUGGUAUGCUAAAAAAUACAAUGUUGAAUUGGGACCAAAGAAGAAGGAUAAGAAAGAUGCACCAGCUGAAUAAACUUAAAAAUCUAAAUCCCUUUAAAAGAAACUUGAACAAAGAGUAAAAGAUAAUUAAUUCUCUAAUCAAAGAUUGUUGGUCAGAAUAACAUCAAGACCAGGAUAAUCAGGAAGAGCUGAUGGAUAUAUUCUAGAAGGAAAAGAAUUAGAAUUCUAUGUUAAAAAAAUUGAAUCAAAGAAGAAAUGAUAUAAUAAGUACAUUAUUGUUGCACAGAAUAAUUUAUUAUAUUAAUUUAUCACUA